AUAUCUACUCCAUUGUAAAAUGCAUUCAAUAACUCAAAUUACUGCUUAACUCAAGCAAACAGUGGUGGAUACUGAAGCGGUUGAGUUAUUGAGAGUUUACUGUAGUAACCAGGCUCUACUAACAAGGGUCCGGCCAGCUCGGCUCUCAUUCUCCUAGCUUCAGUUGGGCAGCAACAGGUGGUCAAAGGAAUGCCUACCAGGAGAGGGCUCUUCGUCAUUUUCCACGGGUAGCACGGAGUCUUCAUUACAGUGAGUCCAGCAAUCAGCACUCCAGAACAUAGAAAUGCAUGAUCCGUUUUUGAUGCAAGACUAUAAUGAAGAAGGACAUAUGCACAGUGUAACUCCCUUCGAAAUGCAAGGAGCUUUGGGAUAUGGAUCACAAGAAGCCCUCGACAUGAGCAGCUUGCAGCAGCCCGUGGGUCAAGUUGCAAGUGUCUCUAGACGCAUGCUGUCUUCGAACACAUACCUACCAAAUCAUCUGCCAGAACAGCGCCAGUGGGGCUCUGUGUCUGUCAGAGGCACAUCACUUCACUGUCAGGCAUCAUCGUCAGACGUGUAUUCCACCAGUGCUCCCCUGAGACCCCUGUCAACUCCGCAUCUGCAUACACCACGUCAAGCACUGCACCGCGAGCAUGCAGGCAUGACUAUCAGUGGUGGCAACGUACAUGGAAGGCUAAGGCAGGGAGCUGUCCCAAAUGAUGACGGUCAUAGGUCCGGGUUCGAGAAGGAGGUGAUCAGGCUUCUCCACAUGAUAAAGCUUGCACAACAGUCUCCCAGUGAGCAGCCACAACUUAUCUUGGAGAGCCGGGGUCCUACGACAACAGCUGACCAUGCUCUGAUUGAAGAGCCAUUCAAGUCAUUAGCAGGCUUCCUGACGUUUGAAAGAGAGCUCGAAGAAAGUGCGGAAAAAAGGGACAGACUGGUAGCAUUCAUGAAAUCUGUUGGUGGAAGCAGCACCCGAGAGAAGACAUUUAGAGUCCUGUCACGGUUGUUAGACCCCUGCGUCGCCAGAGAGUUCAGCCUGUACGGUGCAAAGAAAAAGAGACGAUUCUGCGACUUGAGAGUUUGGAAAGUUCUGUGCUCUUGCCUGGCAGAGUAUACCACCGGUGCUACCAAUUAGGGUACUAUGAAAGACGUGGAGAACGCAGCCAUGUCUUGGCUUCGUCAUGCACCACAAGCAGAUGAGAGGCAGCAGAUCAAGGAGCAGAGAAGCCAUGGGAGCGACAGCACAUGAGGCUUUCAUUACCACACUUCCAAAACGAACUGCAAUUUUAGUACCUGAAGCAUCAUUGUGCUUCAACAUAUGGCUACCUACACUUUUUUUUUUCAAAUUUUACAAGCCAGUAUUUUAUUACCUUUCAUGUGUUGUACAUAAUGAUAAGUGCACAGUACUUGGAACUUUGAGAUAUCCUUGUCUUAUUUGAACCUGCCAUCGCCUAAGUACCAUCUUUUAUUCACACACUGUUGUGAGAAGAACCGAUACCUGGUCGCCGCAUCUCAUCAACAUGCUCAUGCAAAGUUCGAGCCUCUUUUUCAUUAGAACUUACCUUAUUGUUUGAAUGCCAGGGUAAUAUGAAAGGUGGUAUUUUCUGUUUAUUUUACAGAUUGUUCAGUGGGUACGUUGUACUGUGUUGCACUCUUUGGUGCCAUGCUAUGUUUAUGGUCAUUUUUAAUUUUUAUAUGAUGAUGUUUAUGUGACAUAGAGAAAGGAACACUCUCUAGCCAGGUCUUUCGUAAGCUGAUAUGCCCAGUGAUUCAUUUUAGGUAAUUAUGUUUUAAGCUUUUUCUUUUUACUGUGCUGUUUGUUUGAUAAACAUUUUGGAGCAUCUCCCUUCCAGCAGAGCAGUCUGUUAUUGUAAGGCCAUAUAGUACAUUUGAUCUAGUCAGGCAUCCCUAUGUUCCCCCUCCUUAUAU